AUGGUGCCCCCUCCGCCAUCCAUUCCUAUGCGGUUUCCAUGCUGGUGCAGGGCCGUGUACUCGUACGGAGGAGAGUCAAAACGAGACCUUGGCUUCAUAGAAGGCGACCUAAUAGAAUGUCUCAACGCGGGCGACGGUUCCUGGUGGACGGGCAGGCUGCGGCGGGAUAGGAGGAUGGUCGGCCUAUUCCCCUCCAACUUUGUCGAGGUCCUGCCUGAGGACUUCCGACCCAUGAGCCGAACCACGAGCCCGAUGCAGCCUCUGGCCAACACGCCCCAGGGCGCCCCUCAGAAGUCGAAAACCUUCCGAAAGCCAUUCGAGGCGUAUGCCAAAGCCCCUCACUACACCACCGCAAAACAACCAGAGACGUUCAGAGAAAGUCCUGUCGUCCGUAGACAGAGUCCUGUCCGAAGCAGAGACACGUCCGCCCUAGCGGCGGCACCUUUUACAAUAGGGCAGAAUCGAAGCGUUCAGGAUGAUAUCGGUAGGAUACACACUCCGCAGCUGCAGGGCUAUGGGUCUAGGAUGCCCUCUCCUGCUCCCUCGUUCAAUGCCCAUGUCCAGCAGCAGCAGCAGCAGCAGCAGCAGCAGCAGCAGCAGCAGCAUAGGUCGUCGCUAGAUGGGCCAGAUGACGCUCCCCCUCCACCACCUCCCCAUCGACAUGUUCUUACCGCGAGGCACGGCUCCAGCCUCUCGUAUGACAGCCAGAUUCCCUCGCGGCCGCCUAUAGAUGUGAGGGGCCACAGCUCACACCUGUCAUAUGACUCUCGGAUACCUCACGAUCUGAACCGGCACGGGUCUCACGCCUCUUACGACAGCAGGAUGCCACAGGAUGGCUACCACACCCCUAGGGGACAGUCGCCCGCCCCUUCUGCCUCUGGAUCUGGUCUCAACAUGACCCCGUCCCCGCUGAGGGAAGCAAUGGAUGGCGUGAUGGAGCAGCUGGACGCCCUUGGUGUGUCGCGCGAGCCAGACCCGAGACCCGAGUCCCCCGAAGCUCCCCUGGAUCCUUGGUCGCCAGAAUGCUUCGACCUGGUCAACCACAAGUCCCGAAGGCAGAGAAAAGAGACGACACGGCCUCAGACAGCCAUAGCCUUUACGCAAGGAGAUUCUGGCUACGGCACCGGCAGCGCCGACUCGUCACAGAACCACAACCACGCAGUAAGUCUAAGUCACGACCAGGAUGGCCGCCCCCCCGAGCUGAGCACCUAUGUGGAGCGGAUGGAGACGCGACUGCGCAAUAUGCACGCACACAGUUCUACCGUAGCCGACGAAGCCGUUGACGACGAGCCCCCUCCCCCACCCCCUAAGGGCCGGGUGUUUGAGAGGCCGAAAUCGUCCAUGGACACUCGUACUGAGAGCCAGGACCGCAGGCUGCGAACCAAGCGGUCGGGAUACGACAUCAGCAAGGCGCUGGGCCGGACGUUUACUACCAAGACCAAUUCCACGAGCGCGUCGUCCAAGACCAACAGCAGUUCGGCCACACAGAGCACGGACCGGAGUUUGAUGAGCGGUAUAUCGGCCGGCGGUAUCAGUGCGACCAGCGCAGGGAGUAUGGCUCGCAAGAAUAGGAAUCGCGCCCAGAGCGCGCUCGGGAUGCACGACCUCGGCCUCGACCGGCCUGACUCUCCUUUUACCGGAAUCAGCUACCACAGCAGCCAUGCCUCGGAAGCAUUUCUGCGGCCCAAGUCCCAAGCUGGCUUUGUGGAUGAUCCCAUGGGCAACCUAGGCGGGCUCGCGCCGCCCACGCCCAAGAAGCGAAACUUCUUCAAGAAGCUGAUGGACACGGCCAAGACAGGCGUCGCAAACGGCAGAGGGAGCAUUGCGACGAGUGGUGGCAGCUCCAUGCAGUCCCUGCAGUCAUCGCCCAUGCCGCCCACGAUGGGCAGCAGUCUGGGUGCCGUCUCCUCGACAGGGUCUGGCUUUCCUAGCCCUGCAGCCUUCGCGGCGCGAGAGAUGGGACUUGCCUCUGGGACGGACUGGGUCCAAGUCCGCCGUGAUGUGAACCGGUCCAACACCCUGAGCCGCAAUGAGAGGAACGAUCGGAGGGACAGGUGUCUGAUGCUGGACUAUCCCGCACUCGACCCCGUGGACGAGCUGUAUGGUAGCAUCGAUGGUGAUGAGGGCGCAGACGGCGAGCCGAUUGCCAAUCCAACGGACUACCAAGUCAUCAACUUUACAAAUGUCGAUAAGAAUUCCCGCUUCAUCAAGAGCCUCCCGCCCAUGACCACUGCCAUCACGCUGGCGACGACGUAUGUUUGCAGACCGUACCGCAGCGACGUGCAGCGACUUCGAGCCAUCUUUACCUGGGUGGCAGAGAUCAUCUGCUGGGAGGAGGACUUUGAGGGGAGUGAGGAGGUUGACACACGUCGCAUCAUACAACAAAAGCGGGCCUGUGCGCAAGAGUAUGCGGUGCUGGUGAUGGAGAUGUGCGGUGCGGUGGGUCUGGACUGCGAGGUGGUCCGAGGCUACCUCAAGACGCCGGGCGAGAUUCCAGAGACCAACAUGCUGCCACGGCCGAACCACUGGUGGAACGCGGUGCUAGUCGACGGGGAGUGGCGCAUGAUGGACUGCUGUCUUGCAAGCCCGUCGAACCCCAGGCGCCCCCUGUACUCGAGCGUCAGCAGUGGCUCUGCUGAUUUCUGGUACUAUCUGACACGCCCGACAGAGCUGUGCUGGACGCACAUGCCAGAGGACCUCGAACAGCAGCACAUCUGCCCUCCGGUCGCGCCCGAGGUGCUGCUGAACCUCCCCUGUGCCUGUCCGCCGUACUUUGUCAACGACCUGCAGAUGGUUGACUACAACACGAGUCUGACCCGGAUCGAAGACCUCGAGAUGGUACACAUCACAUUCAACGUGCCAGCCGACGUGGAGAUUGCGGCAGAGGUGGAGACACGCGCGCUCCGACGAGAUCAAGACGGCGACUUUUAUGAGAGUGGCGACGUGAUGAAAAAGCGGGCCCUCGCCCAGUGCGAAUGGUUCGGCGGCGUGAAGCGGUACACAGUCAAGGCUCUCCUCCCUGGCGACGAAGGCCACGGCACGCUCAAGGUCUACGCGGGCAAGCGUGGCCUCAUGCACAGCAUCAAGGACAUCCCGCACCCGAUGGCGUUUGCGAUCCCCAUCAUUCACACAGGCGAGAACCCAGCGUACGAGUUUGUCACCCGGCACCCAACGCCGCACGCACAGCGCCACGACAUCUACGUGGCGCAACCGCAGUGCCGGCGUCUCGCGCUCAACAAUACCUUUGUCUUUGCCAUCCGGCAGCACCCGUCGUCGGCACCCGAAGGCUCUGCCAUGACGCCGUCGUCGAAUCCGGGUAGUGCUAGCCCCAUCCCGUUCAUCCGACCGGCAUCAGCCAUGAGCAUAGGGACCAACCCGAGCUCGUAUAGCAAUGCGAGCGGCGGCGGCAGCGGCAGCGGCAAGAAGCCUGCGAAGCUGGCGAUCCAGACGCCCGGCGGCAAGAUCCUGCGGCUUAUGAGGAAGGAGGAUCGGGGCCGCGGGGUCGGGGUCGGCAGCUCUGCGAGGAGCAUGGGCGGCGGCGGCGGCGGCGGCGGCGGCGGUGACGAUGAGGUUAGUGAUGGGGGCACGUGGGAGACCAUCAUCAAAUGCUCCGAGCGUGGUGUGUGGAGAGGUCUCGUGCUUGCAGAUCGCAUUGCCAAGUGGUGCGUGUUUGCGGAGUGGCACUGUGAGGGCUGA